AUGACAUCAAUACAAAAUUUAGUAUUAAAUCCAGUUGAUGAAUCUGCACGUGGUCCGACACCGUUUUCACAUUGGGUUAUUCCCAAACUUUUAUUGGCAAGUGCAUAUCCCGGUGAAAAGAAUCCAAGCUCUCAUAAACUCCUAACACGUGAAAUUUUUGAUGCUGGUGUUCAAGUUAUAGUUAAUAUUAUGGAAAUUGAAGAGUUAAAAGCAUUUACACCUUAUCAAGAUAUUAUGCUUCAAUAUGCUAAAGAAGAAAAUCGUGAAAUUGAAUUUGUUUCAUUUCCAAUUCGAGACCAAUCUGUACAUCAAGAUAAUCAAUGUGUGCUCGAUUUUUGUCUUGAACUUUGCGAUAGAGUUAAACGAGGACAAGUUGUUCUUGUUCAUUGUUGGGGUGGUCAUGGUCGAACAGGAACAAUUAUUUCAAUUAUGAUUGGAAUUCUAUUUAACUUGAAUAGUAAAGAAGCUAUAUCCAUGAAUCGUCGUUUGCAUGAUCAACGCAUUCGUACGAAUGGAAUUCCAAGUCCUGAGGCUCAAUCUCAAUUCGAUCAAAUUCGUAUUAUUCUCGAUGAAAUGUAUCUUAAGAAUAAUGGAAAAAUUGAGCAUGAAACUAAAAUGUGA